CCCGCCCCCUGGGUGCUCAAAAUCGGAGGGAACCUGGGCGAGGCUUUCGGGCAGGACGGGUCUGAGAAUUCUUCACCCUUGCCCCAAGACUAGCAGCUAGAACCUCAGGUUGAAAAACAGGACCUUCAGAAAGCAAGGUUGUCCAGACUCGGCCUGUGUUUUUGGGGAGGUGGUUGAGAUCGCCCAGGUCUUGAGGCUACUGGUGCCCACGUGAAGAGGUGUAGGCUAUCUGCAUUCGGAUCCUUACAAACCCCGCUUUCCGCUCUGGUAGAUGGGACCUGCUCUGCAGAGGCUGAGCUUGUCUGCAUCCUCGACGGACUCUCAACCGUGAAAGCAAAGAAGAGCCCUUGCCCACCCAUUGCCCUUGCCCCAUCUGGGGGUCACCUCUGUCUGUCGGGUCCUCAGCCCCAGUGGCAGCCGAGUCCGACAAAGGAGCAGGACUAUGAUGCUGGCAUCAGUGCUGGGGAGUGGCCCUCGGGGCGGGCCUUCACUCCGGCCCCUCUUGGGGUCUGCACUUUCACUCCGGGCUCGCUCGACAUCAGCCACGGAUACACACCAAGUGGAGAUGGCUCGGGAGCGUUCCAAGACCGUCACGUCCUUUUACAACCAGUCAGCCAUUGACGUGGCAGCAGAGAAGCCCUCAGUCCGCCUCACUCCCACUAUGAUGCUCUAUUCUGGCCGCUCUCAGGAUGGCAGCCACCUUCUGAAAAGUGGCCGGUACCUGCAGCAAGAGCUGCCAGUGAGGAUCGCUCACCGCAUCAAGGGCUUUCGUAGCCUUCCUUUCAUCAUUGGCUGUAACCCCACGAUAUUGCAUGUGCAUGAACUUUACAUCCGGGCCUUCCAGAAGCUAACAGAUUUCCCUCCGAUCAAGGACCAGGCAGACGAGGCCCAGUAUUGUCAGCUGGUGCGACAGCUGCUAGAUGACCACAAGGAUGUGGUGACCCUCUUAGCUGAGGGCCUGCGUGAGAGCCGGAAGCACAUAGAGGAUGAAAAGCUGGUCCGUUACUUCUUGGACAAAACGCUGACUUCAAGGCUUGGGAUCCGAAUGUUGGCCACUCAUCACCUGGCGCUGCAUGAGGACAAGCCGGACUUUGUUGGCAUCAUCUGUACUCGUCUCUCACCAAAGAAGAUUAUUGAAAAGUGGGUGGAUUUUGCAAGACGCCUGUGUGAACACAAGUAUGGCAAUGCCCCCCGUGUCCGCAUCAAUGGACAUGUGGCUGCCCGUUUCCCCUUCAUUCCUAUGCCACUGGACUAUAUCCUGCCUGAGCUGCUCAAGAAUGCCAUGAGAGCCACGAUGGAGAGUCACCUAGACACUCCAUACAAUGUCCCAGAUGUGGUCAUCACCAUCGCCAACAAUGAUAUUGAUCUCAUCAUCAGGAUUUCAGACCGGGGUGGAGGAAUUGCUCACAAAGACCUGGAUCGGGUCAUGGACUACCACUUCACCACUGCUGAGGCCAGCACCCAGGAUCCCCGGAUCAGUCCUCUCUUCGGCCACCUGGACAUGCACAGUGGCGGCCAGUCAGGACCCAUGCACGGCUUUGGCUUCGGGUUGCCCACAUCGCGGGCCUAUGCAGAGUACCUUGGUGGGUCCCUGCAGCUGCAGUCCCUGCAGGGCAUUGGCACAGAUGUCUACCUGCGGCUCCGCCACAUCGAUGGUCGGGAGGAGAGCUUCCGAAUCUGACCUGCCACACUCCUUGCCAGGACC